UACGCAUAUAUAAUGGGUGUGAUAGGCUCCAUUUGUACAUCUCAAUUUGCUUUUCUCACAGCUUCAAUUCAUUAGAGACACAGACACACUUAAAAGGAUGGCUGACUUAGCUAAUGGCCAAACCGGCUCCGUCAACAAGGUCCCCACCAUCAAGUUCACUAAGCUCUUCAUUAAUGGUGAUUUUGUCGAUUCCAUUUCAGGAAAGACAUUUGAGACAAUAGAUCCAAGAACAGGAGAGGCAAUAGCGAGUAUUAGCGAGGGAACCAAAGAAGACAUAGAUAUUGCUGUAAAGGCUGCACGUCAAGCAUUUGACUCAGGUCCAUGGCCUCGCCUGCCCGGCGCUGAGAGAGCGAAAAUUAUGAUGAAAUGGGCAGAUCUAAUUGAUCAAAACACAGAAGAACUAGCAGCACUAGAUGCCAUUGAUGCUGGCAAGUUGUAUCAUAUGUGUAAGGUUCUAGACAUUCCUGGAGCAGCAAACACCCUACGUUACUAUGCAGGUGCUGCUGAUAAAAUUCAUGGAGAGGUAUUAAAAAUGUCACAGGAGUUCCAUGCUUAUACAUUGAUGGAACCAGUUGGCGUUGUGGGGCAUAUAAUUCCCUGGAAUUUCCCUUCUUCCAUGUUCUUCAUCAAGGUUAGCCCUUCUUUAGCUGCAGGGUGCACCAUGAUCCUCAAACCAGCUGAGCAAACACCUCUCUCUGCUUUGUUCUAUGCUCAUCUAGCUAAAUUGGCUGGAAUCCCAGAUGGAGUACUCAAUGUAGUACCCGGAUUUGGCCCAACUGCUGGUGCUGCAAUAACCUCACACAUGGACAUUGAUGCAGUCAGCUUUACUGGUUCAACAGAAGUAGGUCGUGAGGUAAUGCAAGCUGCAGCUAAGAGUAACUUGAAACAUGUUUCACUUGAAUUAGGAGGCAAAUCACCCCUCAUAAUUUUUGAUGAUGCUGAUUUAGACAAAGCUGCCGAGCUUGCUCUAUUUGGCAUCCUGUUUAACAAGGGAGAAGUUUGUGUUGCAAGUUCCCGUGUGUUCGUUCAAGAAGGGAUCUAUGAUGAAUUAGAGAAAAAAUUGGUAGAGAAAGCGGAAGCUUGGGUUGUUGGGGAUCCCUUUGAUCCUAAAGUUCAGCAAGGGCCUCAGGUUGACAAGAAACAAUUUGAAAAAAUUCUUUCAUAUAUCGAACAUGGAAAAAGAGAAGGAGCUACCCUUUUGACCGGGGGGAAGACAGUGGGCAACAAGGGCUACUUCAUUCAGCCGACAAUCUUCUCCAAUAUAAAGGAUGAUAUGCUUAUAGCUCAGGAUGAAAUAUUUGGCCCUGUAAUGGCACUGAAGAAGUUUAAGACCAUCGAGGAAGCAAUUAAGAGUGCUAACAAUACCAGAUAUGGCCUAGCAGCAGGCAUUGUGACAAAGAACAUAGAUACAGCAAACACAGUGUCAAGGUCCAUUCGUGCAGGCACUAUUUGGAUCAACUGCUAUUUUGCCUUCGGGGAUGAUGUUCCUUUUGGAGGGUAUAAGAUGAGUGGAUUUGGAAAAGAUUAUGGAUUAGAAGCCCUUCACAAGUAUCUACAAGUUAAAUCUGUUGUAACUCCCAUUUACAAUUCUCCUUGGCUUUGAACAUGUCCUGCAUAUCUGCUAUGAGACAUGAAAGUUCAGAUUUUCAAUAAUAUUGUUAGUGUGUAUAGGCUUUGUGUUAUUGUCAAUAAGACAACCUAUCAUUUUCCUUCCGAUGCAUUUCAUCUAUAUGGUGAUUUUGUACAU